CGACCCCACCUGGUCUAGGCGGGCGGAGUUCGCCCAGUCCAGGUGCACACGCCCCUUCGUGGCCUAGGAGCGGUCCAGCCGUAAUCAGGCUUCGGCCUUCGGCGCGUCGCUCCCCCGCACCGCGCUCUGCGCCGCGCCUCGGCCGGAGGUGGCGCUCUGUGCGCCCAGCAGAUCCUGACUCCGGAGGCUCAGACUCCGGGGCUCCUCACGGACGGCUCCUUUCUCCCCCUUCCUUUCUACUCCCCCUACUUCCCGGCCCAGGCCGCCCGGCCUUCCACGAGGGAGUGGGGACGCGGGGUCCCAGGGUGGGGACGAAGCACAUUUCGGCCCCCUACUCCGACCUGGGCGCCCUCCCAUCUCGGAAUGAGGGUGGAGGCUCCUUAUUCAGAAGCCCCAGGCAUCGGAUUCUGGGCGGGGGCGCGUGGCAGCCGCCAGGAGCCCGGCUGGAGCGCCCGCCCCGCGGCCUCGCCUCCCUGCCGAGCCGCCAGCGCCUCGGGACGCAAUGAGGACCUGGGCUUGCCUGCUGCUCCUCGGCUGCGGAUACCUCACCCAUGCCCUGGCCGAGGAAGCCGAGAUCCCCCGCGAGGUAAUUGAGAGGCUGGAGCACAGUCAGAUCCACAGCAUCCGGGACCUCCAGCGACUCCUGGAGAUAGACUCCGUAGGGCCCGAGGAUGCUUUGGAAACCAGUCUGAGGGCCCGUGGGGGCCACGCCGCGAAACGCACCCCUGAGAAGCGGCCUGUGCCCAUUCGGAGGAAGAGAAGCAUUGAGGAAGCCAUUCCUGCCGUCUGUAAGACCAGGACAGUCAUUUAUGAGAUACCUCGGAGCCAGGUGGACCCCACAUCAGCCAACUUCCUGAUCUGGCCCCCGUGCGUGGAGGUGAAGCGCUGUACCGGCUGCUGUAAUACCAGCAGUGUCAAGUGCCAGCCCUCUCGCAUCCACCACCGGAGCGUCAAGGUGGCCAAGGUGGAGUAUGUCCGGAAGAAGCCGAAGUUAAAGGAAGUCCAGGUGCGGUUGGAGGAGCACUUGGAGUGCACGUGUGCGACUGCCAGCCCGAACCCUGAUUACCGGGAAGAGGAGACGGGAAGACGUAGGGAGUCAGGUAAAAAGAGGAAAAGGAAAAGGUUAAAACCCACCUAACCAGCCGACCAGAUGUGAGGUGAGGACAAGCCAGCGGCCCUUUCCCGGGACACGGAUGCACGCGGCGUGUUACAUUCCUGAACCUACCACGUACGGUGCUUAUUGCCAGCGUGUGGCCUUUGUUCUCCUCCGUGAAAACCGUCUCCACGCACACUCUGGAGAACAAAGAGACAGUAUACAUUGUUUAAUGUGACAUCAAAGCAAGUAUUGUAGCACUCGGUGAAACAAUAAAGAGAGAGAGCGCCCGCAGCAAACAAAACCACGGCACAGGACAAACAAAACUGACUCACAAGAAUAGCGAAACGGUUCUCGGAAUGGAGGGACGCCUGUGGGAGGGAAGCUUCGGUGUCUCGGCGGGCUGGAUUUCUGUCCGGGCGGCCACAGGUGAGGUGCUUCUGCCAGGGACACAGCCUGCUUUCGGGAUGACUGCACACGGAUGCCAGCAGGCCCUGCAGGGGCGCGGGAGCCAGGAACGUCCCAGAAUCUGCCACGGGACUUUAGAAACCACAUCUCCUUGCUGUAGUGUUUAAGUUUAUACAGAAACCUUCCUGAGAGCCUUAAGUGGAUUUUUUUUUACACCAUAAAGUGAUUAUUAAGCUUUCCUUUUUACUCUUUGCCUAGCUUUUUUUUUUUUUUUUUUUUUUUAAUUAUCUCUCGGAUGACAUUUACACCGAUGAUACCAGACUGCUGUAACAGGACAGUGGGUCGGACAGUAUUUUUCCUAGCAGGAUGCAGACAAAUGAGAUGUAUUAAAAUAAACAUGGUAUACCCACCUAUGCAUCACUUCCUAAAUGUUUCUGGCUUUACGUGUUUCUCCCUUGCCCUGUUUUGUUUUGCUUUUUGAUUUAAGCCAUGUUGAGAGAACUGAGGGUGAUCCCAUCAAGUGCCAUCCCACGUCCCCCAUGUGCCACAGUGCUGGCCACAGGACGUGGCCUUCCUUUGUGGCUUUUCAAGGUUGCUCCUGGCUGCCGCCAGCCUUUGGACAGAUCUAGAUUCUUUAUUUUUGGUAAGAUGUUAAUGUUUUACAUAUAUUCAAGUGUGUGUGUGUGUGUGUGUGUGUGUGCGUGUGUGUGUGUGUGUGUGUUGUUUUUAUUUGCUUUUUUGUUCUGUAAAGGUGAACUUUGUAUUUUUAUCUAAUAUUACCAGUUUUAUAUACUUGAGAGCCUGCUAUGUUGUUUUUUUCUUUCUUUGAACCAAAAGGGGAAAGACCAAACUCACAAAACCCAUUUGUACACAUGAAGAGCAUUUUGUGGUCACAUUUCUCUAGUGUAGUGGAUUUGAGACCUUGUCUCGGGCCGCGUGGUCUGGGACAAGGUGCUGUGGCUCCUGGCUAGUAACUGGGAGAUGCUGGUGUUUCUGGGCUUGAUGAGGACCUGAAGAAUGCAGCCUGCCCGGGGAUUCUGGAACUAACCAGUGUGCAAAGAAGCCGGCUUGCAUGUGCGGCCUUGGAGCGGGAAGCCAUCCGCCUGUCAGUGCAGACGAGCAGAUGAAGAAUUUUAAUGUGGAAGUGAGUUGACUCCACCGUCUCCACGUGUGAGCCAGUAAACAUGGGCAGCUGCACAUCACCCACACCUGCUGUCCCUGUUCUCAAAACCGUAAGGCGCGCGUGACCAUCCAGAUCCCUUUGUUGCCCAUGGGACCGUCCAGGGCAGCGGCAAACGUCUGGUGUCUGUGUGUUGAUGGAAGAUUUCUUAUAAAGGGAUUUCUUCAGCAGUUGACAGGGUAGUUUUGGCCUGUGGGAUGCUGCCUUUCAGCCUGACCGAAGGGAGGUGGGGAAGGACGUUGGGUGGGUGGGUGCCAGUGGCCGUGUGUCCUGGCUAAGGUGGAUGGCCAGUGGGGAGGUACGAGGCCGCUGGGGUUCUGCCCAGACCCUGUCGGGGUGUCUCGGCUGUACAUUCACAGUGCUGUGCCUGUGAAUCUGUCUGUUAGUUGUAUAAACAUGUAAUUUAUGUAUUUAUGUUUCCACGAGAAGCCGAGCGUACUGCCCAGUGUUCCUCCUCUGCCCAAAGCUGUCUGAUGAAUGACAAAUCCAUUAAAUCAAUGGAGCAGAAAA